AUGACGAUGGUUUCCCAUAUUCCGCAAGAUUUGUUGGAGGAGAUUCUCUCUAGGCUUCCGAUAAAAUCUCUAGGAGCUGUGAGGUCAACUUGCAAACAAUGGAACGAUUUAUCAAAAAACCAAAGCUUUACAAAGAUACACCGUGAUACAACAGCCAAAGCGAUGAUGUUUAUCAUGAUGAAUAAAUCUAGGACUUGUUUAAUGAGCGUCAAUCUCAAUGGAAGCCAUAACCAUAAAGACUUGGUUGAUCCAUCUAUAGAACAGAUAGGUAAACUUUAUCAUGUCGAGAUAUUAAAUGUUUUUCACUGCGACGGUCUAUUGCUAUGCAGCACAAGGGACAAGAGGCUCGUGGUUUGGAAUCCUUAUUUAGGGAAAACCAGGUGGAUCAAGGCCAGAAACAGCAGUGUCGACAGAAUUGAUAGGUAUGGUAUUGGACACGACAACAACAAAAACCACAAGAUCUUGCGGUUUUUGUAUCGGUACGAACAAAGUGUUGGUAACCACAGAAUAUGUGAGUGUGAAAUCUACGAUUUAAGGUUAAAUUCAUGGAGGGUGCUUCAUGUCACUCUCCACUCGUAUCCGUAUUUUUCUCCUGGCGUUGGUGUAUCCUUGAAGGGAAAUAUUUACUUCCAUGCUUCUAAACGAUUGGAAAGAGAGUCGAGACAAGUUUUAGUCAGUUUUGAUUGUACAAGUGAGGGAUUUGGACCCUGUUUGCAUUUGCCGUUUCAAACUUUUCUUAAAGAUGAUGUGACUCUAUCUACUGUUAGAGAAGAGCAGCUUGCAGUGUUACUUAACCACAAGGGAAAAAUGGAGAUAUGGGUUACAACUAAAAUUGAGACCAACGGGGUGUCAUGGUGCAACUUCUUGAAAGUCGAUAAGAUACCAUUCUUCAGUGAAAGUUCUAUGUUUCUGAGUGGGAGUUUCUUCCUGGACGAGGAGAAGAAAGUUGCAUUGAUUUGUUAUACAGGCGUAUACAAGGAGACCAACAAAGCUUAG